AUGGCCUCGCUGGAGGGCGAAUGGUUCUUGCGUGCUUCGAUCAUGCAGUGUGAAGAUGCCAUUCUGGGCAGAAUCCACUUCAUGGACUCCGGGGAAUUGGUUUACCUCACCACUGCCGGCGAUUUGCUCGGCCGUGGUAUCGGGCGUUGGCUGCAGGAGGGACGACUGGUGGGCUUUGAAUUGGACAUUUUCCAAUAUGAAGCCACCUCGAAGAAGCACGUCCAAGCCGAGCCCCAUCGCUUUCGUGGCUUCAGCAAGUGCCCAGAAAACGGCAAGGUGUGGGUUGGAGAAUGGCAGUAUCUACCCUUCCAACAACCUCCGCGUUUGGUGGGCCGCUUCCAUGCCUCUCAAUCCAUGCUGAAAGUCCCCUCGCUCUCCUCCAAGCCCUUGGAGGAUUUGCCCAAGAAGCUCAAGGAGAACUUGGCCAUGAAGCUGGAGAAGUUGUCGCAGACCUUCCCCAUGAUGGAACCCAGCUGGGUUCCUCACCACUUAGCAGGAAAGAUCCAAGAUGUGCAUUACGUACGGAACUUCUUGGAGCCCAAACAGGUGGAAGAGUUCGAACGGAUCAUCGACCGGACCUGCGACUGGGAGAAGAUGCAGACCCGUGACACGCAAGAGUUCGGCUCCUCAGGGACGUGCCCCUGUGGGAGGAGUCUGCUACGCGCAGCGUUGCCUCCGUGGCAGAGCACCAUGGUGGACGCCCUGGGCAGUCUCGGCGCCUUCCAUCCAGUUUUGUUCCCCGCGAACAGCGUUCGCCUGAAUGCUUAUAAACCUGGGCAAGGGAUCCAUCCGCACUUGGAUGGCCCGGUCUAUUUUCCUCGGGCCGCCAUCGUGAGCUUGGGCUCCCACUGCAUCUUCGAUUUCUAUCCCCGCAUGGGCGAGCCUGAGGAGCAUGGCUUCUCAUGGGAUCGCGACAAGGAAGUCCCAUCCAGUCCUCAGAUGCCUCCAGGGACGAAGCCACAGUUGAGUUUGCUGCUGGAGCCUGGAAGCUUGCUGGUCCUGUCGGGUGAUGCUUUCACCUACCACAGGCAUGGAAUCAAGGCAGUGGAGGAGGAUGAAAUCACUGCGGAGGUGAAGAAUGCCAAGGACAUUGGUCGCCCAGGCGGUAAAGCAGACGGUAAGGCACCAGGCAUGUGUUUGGGCACGAAGGUCGAGGUUGAAGUGCUCACGCCCAUGGCGCCACCGCAGAUGGUGCCCAUCGACCCAACUCAGGAAGUCUUCGAAGUCGCCUUCGACUCCCGGAUGAAGGUGAGGCUUCAGCAUCGCCCCGCCGACAGUGAGCGUGCGGUGGUGGACAUCAAGAGUGGAAGCAAAGGUGGACAUCCGGUGGGGCAUCUCAGGGUCUCCAUCGUGCCGGCGCGAAAUAGACAUGCGACCACCAAGCGGUUCAAGUGUGUAGCACUGGUGGCGCUUGCAGUACCUACACUGCAACAGCUGGACAGGGAAGGCUCUGAGUCCGCCUCUGACAAGUUCAUCUUAGGUCAGACACCAAUGAGAUCUCUGACGUGUGCAGUUCCACCUGCGAGUCGGAAGGUCCUGUGCGAGAACGGCUGGCCACUGGGGCGGAAAGGAGAGAGGUUGGAAUGGUAUGACUUUGGGGUUUAUGCUGCUGUGCCUGACAUCUUGGGGGCGCACUUCUUUCCUCAAAGCGACCCAUCAGUUCAGAUCAUGCACUCCUUCAUGGCCUUCGCUGCCGGCUACCUCACACGCCCCGUGGGUGGAGUUCUCAUCGGCACCCUGGGGGACACGGUCGGGCGCAAAUGCGCUCUAUGGACGUCCAUGUUGUUGAUGAUGUGUCCCACCGUCUUCAUUGGCUGCUUGCCCACCUAUGCGCAGAUUGGUGGUCUCUCUACCGCUCUGCUGGUGGGCCUGCGUCUCCUACAGGGCAUCGCCGUUGGAGGCGAGUACGUGAGCGCACUGGUCUUCAGCAUGGAACAUGCCCGCUCGGGGCAGAAGACAGUCUCUGGUGCGCUAAUGUCCAUCUCAGUGGCUUUGGGCACCUUCAGUGGCUUUGGCGUGGUAAGUCUUCUGCAGUGGCUCCUGAGUGAAGCGCAGAUGCAGAGCUUCGGCUGGCGCAUUUGCUUCUGGCUGGGUCUGGUCGUGGGAGUGGUCGGGCUCUUCUUGCGAAGCCAGGUCUCGGAGCCAGAGGAAUAUAUGGAGGCCAGGCAGGUUGGACAGCUGGUGCAGCAUCCCUUGUGGUCGCUCGGGCAGAAGCACUGGGACUCGGUGCUUUUGAUGGUGGGCACUCAAGCCAUCACCCCAGCUGCCUGGUACCAAAAUUUUAUUUGGAUCCUUCAACUCUAUGAGGGAAAGAUGUCGCAUCAGAAACCCAUUCUGGGAGCUGCUGAACUGAACACUGCCAUGCAACUGGCGCCUUCCAUGCUGGUGUUAUUCAUCGCUUUCUUUCGGAGCAACUUCGAUUUCAGCUGUUCAGAGGUGCAGCGCACAUUGAGGCUGGCACUCUGUGCCCUUCCAGGCUACUGGCUGGUGUCCCUCCGUGGCUUUUGGUCCGCCCUGGGCGCUCAAGCACUCUUCGCCUUGGGUGCAGGAUUCGUAGCCUGGGGGGAAUCCCUUCCUCAUGCACAGCUCCUUUCCGGUUCAAGUGCGGGUGGUGGCCAUGGGCGUGAGCUACAACCUGGCUGCGGCCAUCUUCGGAGGGCCCACGCCCUAUAUUUGUUCGCAGCUUCUGGUUCAUUGGGGCGCCUUAGGGUUUGCAUAGCAGAAGUUUGUUUUUGA